AGACAAGAGCUAAAACAAACAGCUGUGACUGUACGAGCCAGCCAAAUAAGAGGGAAAGAGAGAGAGAGAGAGAAUAUCCUAUCACCACUCCCCCCCAAUCAGUCUCUUCUCCACCCCACCCCCCGCACCUCUCCUACAUCUGAUCCCCACCCCACCCCCAGAUCCCUCUUCCUCAGUUUACUCCGGGUCUCUCAGCAUGAGGAGGAUCCGGGCUAAUGCCAUCGCCAUCCUGACCGUAGCCUGGAUCCUGGGCACUUUCUAUUACUUGUGGCAGGACAACAAGCCUCAUUCAGCAGCAUCCAGCCGAUCGCCGAGCAGCGGCGGCGGCAGGAAUGGGCAGAGAUCCACGGGCAAAGUCGAGAUCCACAAAGAAGAGAGGACUAUCCCCCUCAUCGCAUCCAGGCCACCACAAGCAGAGAAAAGUGGCUUACGGGGUUUUGAUGAAAAGGCAUAUGUCUCCUCAAAGCUGCUGAAGGCCGGAGAAGAUCCUUAUCGGCAACAUGCCUUCAAUCAGUUAGAGAGUGACAAGCUCAGCAGCGACCGGCCCAUUCGAGACACGAGGCAUUACAGGUGUGCCUCUGUGCACUACGGUGCCGACCUGCCAGCAACCAGCAUCAUUAUCACUUUCCAUAAUGAGGCUCGUUCCACCUUGCUCCGCACAGUGAAAAGUGUACUGAACCGCACUCCUGUCAACCUAAUUCAGGAAAUAAUUUUAGUGGAUGACUUCAGCUCCGAUCCUGAGGAUUGCCAGCUCCUUACCAAGAUACCAAAGGUCAAGUGUCUUCGCAACAGUCGGCGAGAAGGAUUGAUCCGUUCUCGUGUGCGAGGUGCUGAUACGGCGGCAGCCGAGAUCCUUACUUUUCUGGACAGCCAUUGUGAAGUCAACAGCGAAUGGCUGCAGCCGAUGCUUCAGAGAGUGAAAGAGGAUUAUACUCGGGUGGUGAGUCCUAUCAUCGAUGUGAUAAGCCUGGAAAAUUUUGCCUACUUAGCAGCAUCAGCAGAUUUGAGGGGAGGGUUUGACUGGAGCCUUCACUUUAAGUGGGAGCAAAUCCCCAUUGAGCAAAAAUUGUCCAGAACAGAUCCUACUGAGUCCAUCAGAACACCUGUCAUAGCAGGAGGCAUCUUUGUGAUAGAUAAAUCUUGGUUUAACCAUCUUGGAAAAUAUGACACUCAGAUGGACAUCUGGGGAGGAGAGAACUUUGAGCUUUCUUUCCGCGUCUGGAUGUGUGGAGGCAGCUUGGAGAUCGUUCCCUGCAGCCGAGUAGGCCACGUUUUCAGGAAGCGCCAUCCGUAUGACUUCCCUGAGGGAAAUGCGCUGACUUAUAUCAAAAAUACCAAACGUACAGCAGAAGUAUGGAUGGACGAGUACAAGCAGUAUUACUAUGAGGCCCGGCCAUCUGCCAUUGGAAAGUCAUUUGGAAGUAUUGUGGACCGGGUGGAACAGCGCAGGAAACUGAACUGUAAAUCCUUCCAGUGGUACUUGGAGAACGUCUACCCUGAGCUCAAGGUUCCAGAAAAGGAGCUGAUUCCUGGCAUCAUCAAGCAAGGAGCAAAUUGCUUGGAGUCUCAGGGACAGGAUACAGCAGGGAAUUCUCUAGCAGGGGUUGGAAGCUGUAAAGGGACAGUGAACAAUCCUGUGGCCACUCAGGAGUGGAUAUUCAGUGACCCUUUAAUCAGGCAGCAGGACAAGUGUCUUUCAAUCACCUCUUUCUCCGCUGGCUCUCAGAUCACAAUUGAGGCAUGCAAUCAGAAAGAUGGCAGACAGAAAUGGAAGAUGAAAGGCAACUUCAUCCAGCACUUCGUCAGUGGCCUUUGCUUAGAAAGCCAGUCCAGCAGACUAGUGACCAACAUCUGCCAGUCAGACAUACUGGGCCAACAAUGGCAGCUGCUUCAAGCCACAUGAUGGUUGCCGGGCAACUUCUCUGAUGCUUUUGCAUGAGACUCUUGGGAAUGGAAGGGGUUAGGGUGGGGGAUGAAGUUUGAUUAUCUUUAAACCCUAAGUAUUUUGAUUGUGAGCCUCAGCCGAUAACUAUUUCAGUUGAAAUGUCAGUGUUUUUGGAUCCAUUAACGAAGCACUCUGAGAUACAUGGAAAGAUCCCUGGAAAUAGCCCAUCUGCUAGCCGUUUCCCCUCUGUGAGUAACUCCAUAAGAAGCUCCACAGCAGCUCACGGCUCGGGAAGGGUGCAGCCCAGUAGCCCAGACUUAGGUGUGACUAAGACUGACUGACAACUCUUCUCCUCUCCUCCUUUCCUUUUUCUCCAGGGAAACUUGUGCUCUCUGGCCCCAUGGAGUUGUCGCAAUGGAUGUCUGUGACAACGCUUAAUAUGAACUCCUGGUGAAUUUGUUUGGCUUCACUGGCAUUUCGACCUGACAUCACUUCUCAUUUUGCAUGUGUGUUGUACAAAAAUGCUGUAUGAGAAAACUAGCAAGAAUUGUUGUGGCUAAGUUAUUGGGAGAUGCCUAAUUGUGGGGGGUGGGGGAUGAAAGAAGCAGCAGCUAGGGUCUUUAUUGUCGUUUUUUGUUUUGUUUCUGUGUUUGGUUCCUCACUGGCGUGUGUUAAUAUAAUUCAUUGCAGAGAUUCUCUGUACGGCUUCUUGUUUGCUGUUUCUGAUAGGGUUGAUGGUACAUUGCAGUAAGAAACUUAAAACCCCAACUGGCUAAAUGGUCUGUUGGUAUUUUUUAUUUUACUUUUAUUUUUUUAAAUGUGUCCUGAAGUGCAAAUGCUGUCUGAAAGCACAUGGACAAAAGGUCCCCUUUUCCCUUACAGAGGAUGCGGCAUAAGUGAUGCUUUUUGUUGUUUGGUACUGUCUUUACCUCUUUUCUUCCGCCACUAGGAAAACAAUGUUCAGAAAAUGAAUGCCUAAGCUAUAGUGGAUAGGUUAUUGGAGGUCACUCUUGAGACUGAUAAAUGUGAGGCAGCAGCUGCUAGGGAACCAUCCAUUAAGUCUCAUCCAGAAGCAUUCAAUGACAUUACCCUGACAGCUUGUGUUAAAAGUGUUGGUGCUUUCUGUGCUAAGUGAAAGGGCUUGAAGGACUCAGAAGAGAACAAAAAUCAUUCCCUUCUGCCUUCACUAACAUGCAUGAGAGAUAUACAGUUACAUGCAGAAAGCAACCCAUUAUAUUAUUUACCAUAUUCUUGUAAGCACAGCUUGUGCUGAAGAACCGAUGCCCAAAUGGUCAAGCUGUGCAUUUGUGCCUGGCCCAUGUUAACAAAUCAAGCAGAACUGGAUUUCCUUCUUAAGACCUAAGGAGUUGCUUCACAGCCUGUUCCCGAGACCAAAGCCAGACUUUUGCAUCCUUGCACGAGGUAAGGCCAACUUUGCUGGGUUGUGUUUAUUUACUUUUUUCCUCCCUGGAGUGUAAAACAUGAACUCGGACCAUUUGCUGACUUCCUCCUGAUCCCGUCACUUUUCCCAGCAGACUUAGAGACUAGCACUUUGGCCCUUUGCUACUGGCUGAAAGCUUGUGACUGCAGUGCACUCAACUAAGACUGUGCUCCUGUCGAUAUCUGUGUGGGAAUAAGCCCAUUGAACUCAUUGGAUCACAGCCAGAGUGGUGUUACUUGAAUGUUCUCUUAGUUCAAGGACUUCUGCUUGAGCAACGGAAUGUCCUGCCCCUCUUCUCCCCCGGUGUGUCCCCUAAAUCAAUUCCACAGCCCUCUGGAGAACAUUUGGGAAGGACGCUGGGAAUGGGGGGGGCAGCACCCCCAUUGCGCAAAUGGAAAUCCUUGAGCUGAUGGGACAUGGUAGUUGAAUACCACCCAGUGGGACUUACUGUUGAGUUAACAUGCACAAUAUCAAGUCUCAGAUGAGCUGCAUGGCACUGCAUAGGUUGCAUGAGCUCAGUGUUGAUAUGCAACCCAUAUGGCAACUCAACAUGAAUUCUGGUGUGUAUAUGUUCCCAGGAACUAAACGUUUCGAGAGCAGACCCUUUUGUGCAAACAUGGUUCCCUUUAGGAGAAUGCUAACAAGAGAAGGACCAUGGCCUCUUCCACCUGGUUUGAAUUAUACUUGAAAGGGAACAGCAGGAGAGAAAGUCAUGGCCUGCAUGUUAGUGAAUUGUUCCUUGGCACAGCAGUACCACUGUUUGCCUGUCAAGUCUGUGUCAUCUCAGAGAACUGAGGUGCUGCCUGCAUGCUGACAUUAGUAUAUGCCCCGCAAUGUCCUAAAGAGUCCUUCAUGUGGUCACCUUAUACCAGAGGUCUUCACUACCAAGAGGUCUGGUUCACAUUAAAGAGGUCUAGUAACAUCAAACCAUGAUUUAGCGGAAGAAUCUAUGAGUCUGGAAUGAAGCAUCGGCUUUCAUGCUUCCCCCCUCUCUCUUCCCACCUGACUGGGCUUCUGCCAAGUUUAGUUCACUUUUGAAAAAUCUCAAAUUAGCGUUUUAAACAAACCAGGGAUUCUGGUUUAAAGCAAUGGUUAAUUGCUCAAGAGGCCAGCUUUGAACCAUGAGUUAGGAAUUGUUUGUUUUAAACCAGGAUCCCUUGGCUAUAUAUGUAACGCCACACAAAUGCAUUAAUAUGAAAGCUAAAUCGAUCACAAUUUCAUGUGGUUUCUGUAUAUGGCACCAAGUUGAAAUCUUUUCAACCAUGGCAUCAUACAUUCCACUUGUUGCUGGAACUGUGUAAUGAGCACUCACAGACUUCAAAUAUGAACACUUCAGACGUUAAAUUCUCUGCAUGAUGUUGAUAAUUAGUCAUGCAUGUCUGAAUUGGCCCUAAGGUGGUAGAAUCAUGUGAGAGAACUGUGCCGUAUCAGUUUCUGACUAUUAAACCUGCAUGUAGAAAGAGUAUAGGUGUGUGAUUGUGUGCGAGUCCUGAUAUCUGGAGGUAGAGGAGACUUCUGAAGAGGGGGAGCUGCUGAGAUGGCCCUGUUGAGGAAGUAAGCACUUGGAAAGGGCCAUUCGCUGCUGUCUGUAUCUGAUGCUGCUGUUUCUCUCUUAGAUCGAGCUGGGAAGCAAACAGCUAAGGGAAGUCACCUUCACUGUAACUUUGGGGGACUCCAUGAUUGUCUGUUGCAGCCAUUAAGCAGGCAACUCUAAGGGAUCACAACAGUAAGAUUUGGGAAGCUUUCAGAGGUAAUGAGAGAUUUUCGGAUCACAUUAGAGGCACUCAAGAAGUAUGGCUCAUUUAGCAGGGAAAUCAAAACCAAGCCUCACACUGCUGGAGCUAACAUCAGAGCAGGAUGAAUACGAGGGGCGACAGUAAGACCUGUCAGUAUUAUGGCUUGCUUUCAGUAUGCGUCUUUCCGCCAUAAAAGGAGAAAUUACUCUGCUUUUAACUUCCAUGUGUCUGCUAACAAAAAGCAAGGAUUUCCCCUUUUCCUAAGUUGUAGCCUGACAGUUGCAAAGACUUGUAUGUUCACAUCACUGCUUAAGUGAAGAUUACGUGUCUUAAUAUCAAGCCAUUUAAAUUGCUAGGUGGUACUAAAAGUCCCCAUGCCCCAGGAUUCAAACACUGCUUUUCAAAUUCAAAUAAAAUCAAGGUGUUUCCAAAAUGGCCUCCCUCUACCAUUACAAAAUCAACAUAAUAUACUGCUACUUCCUGUGACAUUCCUUUAAAGACCCUGAUUGAGAAACACACCUGGGUUUGCAGUCCCCUGGCUGAGCAGCAGAUGGCAGGCAUAGUCUGCUAAGAGAGUGCUGUGUGUCUUCUCUGGAGGUCUAAAUCCAAGCCCUGUCCAGAGUG